AUGGAUAAUUCAGAGACAGCUGCAUACUUGUUUAUAAAUUUGGUUGAAAAAAUCACUGAUUUCGUUCACUCCUGAGGCAAUUCUUCAUUCGAGCAUUUAUGAAAAAGGUAUCUAGGAUCACUUAUGAAGGAGUCUUACUCAAUGAGAGAAAGAAAGGUCAAACUUGAGACAGUUGAAGCCCUUCUUUAUUCUCUCAGAAAGAACAAGUUCUACAGAGAAGUAUGAACUUGGAUGCUUGAAUUUGAAAUACUUGGAAAGUUUGAUCAAGAUAAUCAGCAUGCAUACAUUCAAAAGAGAACUGAUGAAUUUCUUCUAGAAAAUUCAUACACAAAGAUACUCUCCAAACAAAGAUCUAAGUUUAUCAAUGAUAACAAGAGAUGCUACAAUGAAAAGAUUCAGUGAGAAAAUUUAAAAAUAUGAAAAUAAAGUCAUUGAAAAUUCCAGUUAUAGACGUUAUCAAUUACGAAAUCAGAUAGAUAAGAAAGUUUAUUUGCACUUCCACUCUUAUAAUUACAAAGUCUACACAAAAGAUUGUGCUGCUUUGGAGACUCCAAAUCUGGAAUAUUUUGGAAUUUUUAAGCCAAAGCCAAAUGAAUUUGGUCACCAAAGAGUCAAAUAUCCUGCUAAGAUGGAAGCUCUGAAUUUUAACAAUCAAAGAAUUAUGGCUCCUCUUAGUAUCUCCGACUGUAGAUUUUUAGCCAGGAUAUCUAGUAGAGUUACUCAUGAAUUCAGUGUGUGAAGUACUCUUCUACCUUCGAAGCUACUGGCAAGGCUUCUGUCUGCAUUCAGGCAUGUAAGCAUAUUCCAGAUGACGCACUGUAAAGUGAUCAGCAGCCACAAGAUCGAUCUGAAGACUUCUAUGAAAGGGUGUAAAAUUGAGCAAAUCAAUAUUACAGGUAGUAGAGGUAUGGAGGAUGAAUCAUGGGGUAAUGAUCAUCAGAAACUGUACAAUUUUGUGAAAUUUUUGAGUAGCUCAGAAGACCUGAAAAAUUCCCUUUAUAAACUCCAAGAUUAUAACAAUAACCUUAUGUUGAUGAAGACGAAAGAAAGGUUGGUUUUUGAAGGAUUUCAUAAACUUCAGAAAGUCUAA